AUAAUGACAUCACAUACAUCAUAUUUAUAUCUAUUUUAGAAAUAACAUCUGUUGACAGCAUUUAUAAAGAAUUUAGAAAAGAUCACUGUAUGUAGUUCUCUGUGAAGCCUUCUGUUUGACAUAAAUAAGUAUGAUGAAUUCUUGUAUCUUUAUCUUAUUUUUCUUUGUUGGUACAGCAGUGGCACAAGAUUGUGAUUUCUUGCAAAACAAAUACUGUCCAUAUGCCAUGAUAGAUUUUAGUGAAAUUACGAACGAAAACGUUUUCUGCCGACGUUACAAAGAUUUUGAUUAUUGUUUUCAUACAAUACUCCCCUGUCAAAAAUACUAUGAUUUCGUGUAUUUCGAAACCUGUGAGUACUCUAGCAAGGAGAACGACUCUAGCAGACCUGAGAUUAAGUUUAAAACAGUAUUGUUUACUGCAAUCACCAUCAUGUUACCAAUGCAUAUAUAAAUAAAGAUCAUGUUGCUGUA